UGGAAGACAAGAACUUAUCGUUCGGUACCCUGCACAGCCAUAUCCAGUUCUUCUUUCUCUUCCUCUCUGCGUCUCUCUCUCUCUCUCUCUCUCUCUCUCUCUCUCUCUCUCUCUCUCUCUCUCUCUCUCUCUCUCUCUCUCUGUGUUUGUGUGUGUGUGUGUAUUCAAACGCACACAUCCCCAUUACACACGACGCUGUUUGCACCUCAUUUGGUUUGUUGCUGUUGUGUAAGGUACCGGCAUCGAUGGAUCAUCGGUGGAGUUCCGUUCGAGGAGCACCAGGAGGAGGACGGGCUCGUUUUAUGUUAUUCGUUUGUCUUCUUUGUUGCUUGUGCUUUCGCUCCGCGGUUGGUCAGGCGACGGUCGUGGUGGUACAGAGCGGAGGGAGUUCGCAUCGCCCUCCUCCUCCCGUGUGUGCUUCCAGCCCGACGCAGGGUGUCAUCGAUCCUACUCUUUAUCACCCUCACGAUGCAGCAUGUCUUAUGAAGUCCAUCAAGAAGUACUCUUAUCAGGAAUUUCUCAAGGACAGGCCCAUGGCUGCCUCGCUGUUGCGGCUCUCCUUCCACGAUUGCUUGACCAAGGGUGGCGGCUGCGAUGCGUCCAUUCUGAAGCCUGGCGAGAUCACGGAUCCGAAUAACAUCAACGAAGGACUGCGGAUUACGGUGCCAGUCAUCACCAGGAUUCGACAGCGAGCGGCGGAGGAGUGCGGUGUGUACCCGACGAUGGCGGACGCCAUAGCCAGAGCUGGCGCUGCUGCCAUCGCCUUCUCUGGCCUUGCCGAUCCCACUACCGCCGGUUUCCUGCUGGGGAGACGGGACAUUGCCGACAAUCAGCCUGGUGAUGACGCCAGAACUCUGCCCGAUGCUCUCGAGCCGCUCGAUAACAUUCUCACAAAGCUUACAGGUUUCGGGUUGUCCUUGAGAGAAGUGACCGUUUUCUCUCUCGGAGGGCACAGUGUGGGCAAAUCCGCCUGCUCUCACUUCAACUUCAGACUCAACAACGGGAGCACGCCGGGCGGCUGCCAGAAACCGGUGGACCCGACCCUCGAUCCCGCCUUGGCCUGCAAGCUGGCGAAGGUCUGUGGGGAUCCGAACGCCGACGUGAAGUUUGACUUCGGGACGCCAUUUUCGCUGGACAACAACUACUUCAAGCUGCUGUUAAAACAUCAAGCUCUGCUGCGGACAGAUCAAGCGUUUGCAACCCACUCGGGGACAGCAAGCUUCGUCCGGGAAUACGCUAACGGACCGAAACGGUUCGCGAAAGAUUUCCUGAAAGCCUUUGUCAAGGUGGAGCUUGUGAGCAUCAACGGUCCGACCACUGCGCCGCCGAAGAAGUACUAUUACUGAUACUCUACUACAGUAUUUAUUCGAUCACUCCUCAAGUGUGGUCGCCUCUGUGUGAGAGAUGGAUGGCAGUAAUGAGAGUAGCAUGAUUAUUAUAGUAACAGUUAAAGUGUGGUCGCCAGAUGCUCGUAACAGCAGUGCAAAUAGCUGCGAAUGCAUCAGCUAGGGAGGAGGAAACGUAGACGCCAAGUGCAUAUGGCCGGAUUACAGUGCGUGGUUGCCAGGUGGCAGGCAUCUCGUCGGCGGUGCUAACAGAUCUCCUACGCGGGUUGUCUGUACGAGGAAGGUAGUAUAGGUGAUUAGUGGACGACAAGUGUGAAAGCAGAUAGGCUCGAGGGAAGAAACAAUUGAUAGGUUGGGGGUGGGAGGAGGGGUAGAUGAGGAAACUACCCGCUAAUGAUGAUGCGAAGGUAACACAGAUGUUAUGGAGAGUUUGAGCGUGGAAGGACAUGGUCACAUGGGACGACAGGUAGGAGAGGGGUCUCUCUUUUCAUGGAGUAUGUUAGGCGGAGAAUCUUAGUAGUUGCUUGGAGUAUGUUCGAUGAUGUCAUUCGGGUUUGCUUUUUGAGGCUUAGAGUUUGCGCGUCGCCUGCCCUUUAGAGCUCAACUCCUCGUAAGAUGAUUUCGACCACUGUACGAAUGUACAACGAAUCUGCGACGAAUCUAUAAGAAUGUACGACGGAAAAAAAAGAAAAAAAGACACGCGCACGCAUGCUAACACGUGCAUGGAUUUGAACUUGGUUUGAGCAGAGUCGACCACGUUUCUCAAGAGUAUCGCUAGCUUCGGACAAGAUGGCUAGUUCUUAUCCAUCAGUGAAACCCAUCCUGGGCUGGCUGUCAGGCUCAACCUCCUGAUCAGUCGAUGAACGUCCGACGAAAGUCUGCCACAGUAAUACUACAUUUCUGUGAAUUGAGUUAAGCGAACACACACACACACACACACACACACACACACACACACACACACACACACACACACACACACACACACACAC